AUGAGGUCACGGCGGUGUUCGUCGCUAGGCGGCGUCACAAAUCUUCACCACGGCUGACCCGCGCAAACCGCUUAAGAGGAGCAAAACACAUAAAAACACACAAAUACCAGUAACACAAUGAGCGUUGACGUGAAGAAACUGAAAGUUAACGAGUUGAAAGAGGAGCUCCAGCGUCGUGGCCUGGACACCAGAGGCCUGAAGGCGGACCUGGUGGAGAGACUGAAAGCCGCUCUGGAGGCUGAAGCUCAGGCUGAUACCUCGGAGCCGGGGGAGCCGGGGGAGCAGGGGGAGCAGGGGGACCAGGAGGAGCAGGGCGACGAAUACUGCCAGGACUUCCAAGAUAAUGAAGAUAACGAUGAUGGAGAGGAUGCUCCAGAGCAACAAGAAGCAGCUGAGGAUGAGGACGAUGAUGGUGAUGGUGAAGGUGAAGGUGAAGCGCCUCAAGAAGAGGAAGAUGAUGAGGCUAGAGAUUCAGGUGGUUACUACGAGGAAGAGGAGGCAGAGGGUGAGCCAUACGAAAGUCAACCAGCUUCAGACUCGGGUCACAGCAUGCCCGACUUCACAGCGGACGUCGACAUUCACAAAUCCAACGUGACGCCCGAGGAAGAGAACAAGCUUGUCCCUGAGCCGGAGCUGGAGCCAGAACCAGAACCAGAGCCAGAACCAGAGCCAGAGCCAGAGCAGAAAGUUGAGAACAAAGAAGAAAUAAAAGUGGAGAUCAAAACUGAAGAUGACUCUGGAGCUCCUGUAGACAGAGAGCAGGAUAAUCAUGGGACGGAGCAGCAGCAUGAGCAAGACAGCGCAGCUCAGGCUGAGCAAGUUAAAGUAGAGGCUGAUAAAGGCGGGAACUACAGCCGCAAGAGACCAUAUGAGGAGAACAGGGGCUACGGCUACUAUGAGCACCGCGAGGACAAGAGAUCCCGCACACCACAGCCCCCCGCAGAAGAUGAGGAAGAAAACAUUGAUGACACGCUUGUUACAAUUGAUACGUACAAUUGUGAUCUGCACUUCAAAGUGUCCCGAGAUCGUUACAGCGGUUACCCACUGACGAUCGAAGGCUUUGCUUACCUGUGGGCUGGAGCACGAGCUACACAUGGUGUCACCCAGGGUCGUGUGUGCUACGAGAUGAAGAUCAAUGAGGAAAUUCCCGUGAAGCACCUGCCAAGCAGUGAGCCAGACCCCCACGUGGUCAGAAUUGGAUGGUCCAUCAACCACACCAGCACUCAGCUUGGUGAGGAGCCCUUCUCCUUUGGAUAUGGAGGAACAGGAAAGAAAUCGUCUGACUGUAAAUUUGCAGACUUUGGCGAGAAGUUUGGUGAAAACGAUGUCAUCGGUUGUUAUAUUGACUUCGACAGCGGUGAAGAGGUGGAGAUGGGCUAUUCCAAGAACGGUGUGUCGUUGGGCGUUGCUUUCCGGACGACCAAGGAAGCACUGGCGGGUCGGGCCCUUUUCCCUCACGUCCUAGUGAAAAAUUGUGCCGUCGAGUUCAACUUUGGCCAGAAGGGGGAGCCUUACUUUCCCCCGCCAGAGGGAUACACCUACAUCCACAACAUCGACAUGGAGGACAAGAUCAGAGGCACAAAAGGACCUGCCAGCAAAUCUGAAUGCGAGAUCUUGAUGAUGGUCGGCUUGCCCGCCUGUGGAAAGACUACUUGGGCCAUAAAGCACGCAGAGACCAACCCUGAGAAGAAGUACAACAUCCUGGGCACCAACGCCAUCAUGGACAAGAUGAAGGUGAUGGGUCUGCGUCGCCAGAAGAACUACUCCGGCCGGUGGGAUGUCCUGAUACAGCAGGCCACCCAGUGUCUCAACAGGCUGAUCGAGAUCGCUGCACGCAAGAGGCGCAACUACAUCCUGGAUCAGACAAAUGUAUAUGGAUCAGCAAGGAGACGAAAAAUGCGUCCUUUUGAAGGUUUUCAACGCAAGGCUAUUGUAAUUUGUCCCACGGACGAGGAUUUAAAAGAACGAACAUUAAAGCAAACCAAUGAGCAGGGGAAGGAUGUGCCCGAUCAUGCUGUUUUAGAAAUGAAAGCCAACUUUACUAUCCCUGAGGCUUGCGACUUCCUGGAGGCGGUGACGUACAUUGAGCUGCAACGCGACGAGGCUGACAAGCUGUUGAAGCAGUACAAUGAGGAGGGUCGCAAAGCUGGACCGCCCCCCGAGAAACGCUUUGACAACAGGCAGGGUGGUUUCCGUGGCCGCGGCAGCGGUAGCUUCCAGCGGUACGACAACCGCGACAGUUCCCGCGGUAGUUACCAGAACCGCAGCGGAGACGGAGGCAGUGGAUACAGAGGAGGCUACAAUCGUGGCAGCUACAACCAAAACCGCUGGGGCAGCAACUACCGUGAUGGAGGCUCUGACACACGUGGUGGAUAUAACCGCAGCCAGCAGUCAGGAGCAAGCUACAAUCGCCCGGCUCCUUACAGCAAAGGAGGAUACCAGCAGGGCUACAGCCAGAGCUACAACCAGGGGUACAACCAGGGCAGCUACAACCAGAACUACUACAGCAACUACAGUCAGUACCCAGGAUACAGCCAGAGCUACAGCCAGACGCCGACCACUGCACAGACGUACAACCACCACCAGCAACAGCCGCAACAGCAGCCACCGCAGCAGCAGCCGCAGCAGCAGCAGCAACAACAACAACAACAGAGCUACAACCAGCAAUAUCAGCAGUAUGCUCAGCAGUGGCAGCAGUACUACCAGAACCAGAACCAGUGGAACCAGUAUUACAGCCAGUACGGCAGCUACCCUGGACAGGGCAGCCAAGGCUCAUCUUCAGGUUCCCAGUAGCUUUUUUUGCCCCCUUUUUUUGCAUCUGUCCCUGCACCCACCACCUGUGUCCUAAAAAAAGAAACAACAAAAAACCCUCCUUCCUUCAGAUCUCUGCAGCAGAACAACCUUUUUGUACAGUUCCAUGAGUCACCUACCACGACUGUCUGUGUCAGGGUUCAACACAUCAGCCUUCAUUCCUCACCAAUCAGUGUACACAUUAACAUGUAUGCAGUUUGAUGUCUUUUGUCCUUUUUUUUUUUUCUUUUUUUUUAACUGAAUGAAGUCUUACUUUUAAGCAGUGACAGUGAGGCGGUAGAUGAUAGGUAUCAAAACAUAAACGAAUGUUAUCUAUUACCACAUUCUAUGCAUCUGAAUGUGGAUGUCUUGAACUAGCAAAGCUCCACAUUUUCCCCCCACCCCCCCAACAGGUUUGAAGAGGUUCAUUGUGUAUAUUUUUUAGGAUGCAAUAGUGUGAAAAAAGGGGCAGUAAAAAGAAGAAGAAGAAAAAAGAAAAAACUACAACAAAGCCUAAAUAAGUUUGCUUGUUUUUUGAGAAGCUUAACAAAAAGAACAAAAAUGCAUGCUUUUUAAUUUCAUUACCCCCUCUUUUUUUUCCCCCUUUGUCUUGCUCUACAUUUUUUUCAGUUAUCGAGGGAGCACAUUUUUAUUUACUCCCAAUAGAAUUCAAACAUUAUGCCGCUUUUUUAAAUUUUUAUUAUAGAUGUUGAUACUGUAGUAUUUAAGCGUUAAUCCACUCUUUGAUUGAUUGAGCAGAAUAUUUUGCCACUCUUGUUGAGUAGUUGUACGUGCAGGGUUUUGUUUUUGUUUUUUAAAUCCCCCUUGUGAUUGAUGUUCAUAAAGUCCAGUAGUUAAAAACCUGUUCUGUUAAACCCAUUUUUUUCUACCUAAAAAUGAAAAUCUGAUAAUGACCAGUUACCCUAAGCUGUCUGUCUUCAUGUCUUUAUACAAUAAAUGCAAUUGUAUACGCCUGAAAAUGUU